CUUUGCAAUCUCUCUCUUCUUCUUCCAACCAAAAACCCUUUCCUUCAUUAUCAAUCAUCUCCUCUUUCAAAAUAGUUCUUCUCUCCACAUAACAGCAAGUUUGCAAGAUUUGAAAGCAAUUUUGAAACAAGGAAGUAGAGUUCGCAUUUCAUUCCCAACACCCGUCUUCUUCCGCCGCCAACCGCUCUCGCAGCUCCACUUCCAGUUCACUCGGGUUAUAUAUUCAUUUUUUUACAUUGAUUUGGUGAAAUUUGAUUCAAGAGCUAUGCAAAAGGAUACUAGUCCUACUUCUACUUCUUCCUCAGGAGGAGGACGAAUUAGGCACCGAAAACGUUCUAAUGAGGUUAUUCCAGAAGUUAGUAAAGCGAACGGCAGCGGCCAAUUACUUGUUAAUGACAAAAGCAAAUACAAGUCCAUGUUAAUUCGUGCGUAUUCGUCCGUUUGGAUGAUUGGGAGCUUUGUGUUGAUCAUCUAUAUGGGUCACCUCUACAUUACUGCGAUGAUUGUUGUUAUCCAAAUCUUUAUGGCAAGAGAAUUGUUCAAUCUACUCCGUCGAGCUCAUGAAGAUAAGCAGCUUCCUGGAUUUAGGCUAUUGAAUUGGCACUUUUUCUUCACUGCAAUGCUAUUUGUUUAUGGACGUAUUCUGAGUCAACGUCUGGUUAACACGGUAAAUUCAGACAAGGUUUUAUAUCGGCUUGUGAGCAGUCUUAUAAAGUAUCAUAUGGUUGUCUGCUACUCCCUGUACAUUACAGGAUUUAUAUGGUUCAUUCUCACAUUGAAGAAGAAGAUGUACAAGUACCAAUUUGGACAGUAUGCUUGGACACACAUGAUUCUAAUCGUUGUAUUUGGGCAGUCCUCUUUCACCGUGCCAAGCAUUUUUGAAGGGAUUUUCUGGUUUCUUCUUCCAGCAACGCUUAUUGUCAUUAAUGACAUUGCUGCUUAUAUCUUUGGUUUCUUCUUUGGAAAAACCCCAUUGAUUAAACUAUCUCCAAAGAAAACUUGGGAGGGUUUUAUUGGGGCAUCUGUUACAACCAUCAUAUCUGCAUUCAUGCUUGCUAACAUCAUGGGUCGUUCUCAGUGGCUGACAUGUCCAAGAAAGGAUUUGUCAACUGGUUGGCUUGACUGUGAUCCUGGUUUUCUGUUUAAGCCAGAAUCUUACUCAUUGUUGGGAUGGACUCCUCACUGGUUUCCUUGGAAAGAGAUAUCGAUCCUACCAGUUCAAUGGCAUGCUUUAUGUCUUGGCUUGUUUGCUUCAAUUAUUGCACCUUUCGGAGGUUUCUUUGCAAGUGGUUUCAAAAGGGCUUUUAAGAUAAAGGAUUUUGGCGAUAGUAUUCCAGGACACGGUGGACUUACCGACAGAAUGGACUGCCAGAUGGUUAUGGCAGUAUUUGCAUAUAUAUACCAUCAGUCAUUUGUUGUGCCGCAAAGUUUAUCGGUUGAAAUGAUUUUGGACCAGAUAUUGAUGAGCCUGUCAUUCGAGGAACAAGAAGCUCUGUAUAGGAGGCUUGGAGAAGUGUUGCAACAAGGAAUUCAAAGGAUGUAUUAGAUCCGUUGCAAGGUGUAUUUGUCCUUUCUCCUUCUAUUUGAUUCCUUCAUUUACAAGGGUUAGGGUAAAGGAUACUUUGUAAAUGUAGGUUUUGAGUGAAACGAAUCAAAGACUUGGAACCUGUCAAGAUGUGUACAGCGUGUAUCUUGACAGUUAAAAUAUCCCAUUCUGUUUCUCUCACUACUGUUCUUGAAUUUUUUAUUGACGGCUUUACUUGAACAGCCAUUGGUCACUCAAUAUCUUGGAAUAUUCAAAUAGCCAAUGGCAGCUCAAGAAGAACGCCUGUAUUGUUUUUCAGUUCCUUGAGGGGAGUAUUAACAUUUUUCAAUUAACUGUAAUUUGAAUGUAGUUGGAUAACAUAUUCUACCGCAAUAAACAAUAAAUCUUGUUCUAGUUA